AUGAAUUGUCGAAUUUUAGUUUUUACUUUAUUCAGUCUCUUUCAAGCUCAUGUUGGUGAAGUCGAAAGUCUUAAAGUUGAUAUUUAUCCAGGUUAUGGUUGGGAUAAUUUACGAUAUCUCGACAUGAAUCCAAUUUAUGAUGUAUCAAAUUUGAAUGAUUCGUGGAUAUUUCAAUCUUGUAUUGAACUUAUUCCAAUUCGUCAAAAUAAACUGUCAUUAGGCUCUGAAGUUAUUGAUGUAUUUGAUUCUCGAACUCAUGAUUAUUCGUCAAAUACAAUGAUCAGUGCUAAAGGUGGUUAUCUUACAUUUCGGAUUGGUGGUUCUUAUUCAUAUGAAUACCAAAAUGUUAAAAGACAACAAGGUGAAGAACAAACAAUAACUCUACGAAAUCAAAUUGAAUAUCUUAUGGUUGAUGUUUUACUUAAACCAUCAUGUCCAUUGAAUCCACAAGUGAAAAAUGAUCUUAUUGAAAUCGCUGGAUAUAUAGAAAAUGAAGAAACAGCAAUGGCUACAUAUGCCGCACAACUCUUUGUUAAAAAUUAUGGAACACAUUUUACCAAUCGAAUACAUUUAGGUGGUUCUCUUAUUGAAGAAGAUUUUAUACUUCAUGAUAACUUCCAAUCAAAUGAAGAAACAAGACGCAGUUAUCGUGCAACAGCCGAAGCAUCCUUUAUGAAUACAUUUAGCAUAUCGGGAAAAUUUUCUACUAGUUCAACAACUAUUGAUAAUAGUACAGAAGGUUUCAAAAAGAUGAUCACAAGGAAAAUAGUUCAUACUAGAGGUGGAGUUGUAUCUUUAUUAGAAAAUUCAAUGAACACUUGGCAAACAUCAGUUGAAGCUAAUCCAGUUAUUAUUCGACGUGCUGUAGAAAAUAUAACAUUUUUUAUUGAUUCACACAAAAUUCCUGAACUAUCUGAGGUUGCUUUGAUGCGUGUUAUUGAAAAAAUUGAUCAAGCAGUUGAAACAUAUAUUCAAAUGAAUGUUUAUAGUGGAUGUAUGAAUCGAAGUUCACCAUCUUUCACUUGGAUUGCUAAUGUUGAUGAUGAUUCUUGUUUACCAGCUGGAAUUAAUUCACAAUUUGGAGGAUUUAUUCGUACUUGUACUGAAAAUAGUCGUUUACCACAAAAAUGCAGUGAAUAUAAGAUGAACAAUUUUUAUACUCAAACAGAAGAAUGUCCAUUAGGUUUCGAUAAAUAUCUUCUUCAUCAAUCAACUCAAAGUGAAACUGUAUAUAGACGUGAAUGUAGAUCUUGUAAAUUUCAUACAAGACGUUGUUGUGAUGAUAUUCCUGAUGGUGUUGGUCAACGCGAAAUCAAAUUAUAUGUUUGUAAUAGUAAAACGAAGUUACGUGAUUCAUCAUCGGGACUCUUAUCGGUUUCGAAUAGAUAUGUUUAUGGUGGUUCAUUUACAUCAGUAAGAGUCAAUCCAAUUACUGGAACUUAUAAAUGUCCAAAUGAUCAGUUUAAAAUGGUUCAAGUAACUUCUGAUUUAAAAAUAUGUUUAGCGGAUCAAGUAAUAGAUACAAGUAAUUUACCUCAUUAUGGUGGCAUGUUCUCAUGUUCUCAAGGAAAUGUUUUACUACCUUCCGUUGAAAAAGAAUGUGCAGAAGGUUAUAGCUCAUAUGUCAUGAGUGCCAUUGAAGAUAGUUGUCUUUUAUAUGUAUGUUUAAAAUUUGAAAAAUCUCCAGAAGUUCAACAAUUACCAUCAGUUGUUUUACCACCAUUUUUUUCCAUUUCGUUAAAAAACCAAAGCAAACCAGUCGUCAAUUUAACAAAUAUGCCAGAUUCAUAUAUUUCUACAACAACAACUACUACUCCAUCUACAACGAAAGUUGAUAAUAAAAUAUUGGGUAUUUCUAUCGCAAGUUUGUUGGUUACAAUGCUUAUCGCUAUUGCUUUCAUUAUUUUUCUUGUACGAACUAAAAGACGUUAUGGUGCUUAUUAG